AUGGAUGCGAAUUCCGUUAACCAUUCUGAUGCCACCACGGAGGACUAUGCUUAUGCUCGUUCGGAGGAUAUAAGGAAGUUGCCUUCCGCUUCCCCAUUAUUGUUGAAGCUCAAGCAUAAGAAUUGGGCUCGUUCGCCUGCUGCAUUUUUUAGAAAGGGUAGUCAAAAGGAGGUCUCUUCUUACUCCUACAAUACUCAUGUAAUAUUCGAUUGGAGGGACGCCACCAAGAACGAUGGAGUGGAUGGUGAGGGUGAGGAUGAUGAGCAUUUGGAUUUGCCCAUUUUUGUAAUUUAUUAA